CAUUUCCACUUGGCACCCACGCUCACCCAUUGUCUUAGUGCGACUGUGCUUCCUGAAUGUGGUCGUGAAGUGUCCAGCCAUUGUCACGUUGAAUGAUAUCGCGGCCCCGUUUACUGAGAAGACCAAAUACGAUCGAAUAUAAAUUGCUCGCCCUUCGGCUCAACGUCAAGAAGAUUGCGGAGGAUACUCACUAUGGCGUCCCUUUGGACUGCGACACUCCUCUUCGCCGUAUGUCUGGCUUCAGCUGCAGAUGUCACGUUAGAAGAAGACGUUCGAAAUGGGUCUUCUCCGGCCCUGCCGAUCCUCAAGAGACUCAAGAGAGUGAGCUGCAGGACGACAGAGAUGAAUUGGCACGUGGAAGGGCUUCGUGAAAUGAUGAGUGAGGCCCUCAGCUCUGGAAAAUCCAACAAGUUCAGCGAUGACUUUGUACUGAACGCGUACACCGCGAAACUACAUUUUAGAGUGGCUCGCCAUGACGGAGAACUAUGGCUGGAAUUAUAUCUUGGAUUCUGCAAGGGUCGCACUGACCAGCGCCUCGUAUGGCCCUUCAGGACUCCCUACACUCUAACUAUUUUCCAUCCAACGGACGAGACAUUGGACAUCUCGAAGACCAUCUCGUCAUUCUCAUCUGCAACGUUCGGUUCCUUCAAGAGACCAAGAGACGGCUGCAACAAGUCAUGGGGAUUCCCUGAGCUGCUACGAGUAUCAGUAGCUGAAGAACAAGGAUACGUAGUGGACAAUGCUAUCUCUGUUGGUGUUAAGCUCAAUCCGUAAAUUAGGAUUAAGAUGAUGAUUCCCCGUCUGUUUGCCCCAUUAUGCGCUAGUCGUUCUCUGUACGCGUACAUACAUACAAUAGUCCCUUUGAGAAAAACCAGCACCACCUGUGCCUUGCGUCGCUCACUGGGGGCCGCGGGCGCUUUUCUCGAAAGGUCUAUUGGGACCACGAAGCAAGUGAUGACUGCGCAGAUGGUAAUCAAACAGUUGGGACGUAAAAAGUGUGACAUUUGCUUUCAUGUUUCAUCAGAGAUUUCGAUGUGCAGUCUAAAGCUAUAUCCACUUUCUUUGCUCGAUUUGGCAACGUCUCCCUUAGAGUCGUCGAACGGUUUGCUUUUGGGACCUCCUUCUGGAAAAUAUUAUAUCCUGUAUAACGAAUUGUCUGUAAAUGCUUAAUAAAGGUGAAAUUUUAAAGAGUG